UAUAACUUGAGAAAUUGUUAUCCUAACAACAGGAGAAGAGUGUGUUUUGAAGUGGGAUUUAAGGAAGAUGUUAGAAGGGAAAGGUUUGAUAGAGGAGACAGACAUGCCAAUGAAGAUGCAGAUCCAAGCAAUGGCCUCUGCUUCUCAUGCUUUGGAUCUCUACGAUGUUCUCGACUGCAAAUCUAUAGCUUCCCACAUCAAGAAGGAUUUUGACAACACGUAUGGGAGUGGAUGGCAGUGUGUGGUGGGAUCCAAGUUUGGGUGCUUUUUCACUCACUCCAAAGGGAGCUUCAUAUAUUUCACUCUACACACUCUCAACUUCCUCAUCUUCAAAGCUGCUUCUCAGUGAUAGUGAUAGAGAUAGAGGGAUUAGAGAAAGUGUAGUGGGAAUUGGGAUAGUGUGUUAGGACUAAUGUGGAAGGAAUACAACAUUGGACAUUGGUGUUCAUUUCCUUUUCCUUUAACUUUUUUCUUUUGUUGGGGAACUCCUUUUUGAUGUUUCUCCGUGCAUACUACAAUCAGAAAAGUCUUGAGGGGCUCUAAAUUACUUCCUUCGUCUAACAAAGAUUGUCUCACUUUGACCGGACACAUGUUUUAAGAAAUGCAA